AUGUGCACCUGCUCCCAGCCCCUCGACUACGACUACCACCGCACCACCCGUACCCUCCCCAUCAUCGAAAAAUCCUACGACCGCCACUCCCACCCACACUACUCCACUGCCCCGCGCACAACCCGCUACCACGCCUCCCCCGACACCUACCGCGGCGCCACCGCCUACACCAGCACGAGCACCCGCAUCCCGCUCUCCAGCCGCAGGCGCUCCACCACGCCUCCACCCGUGCUGAUCCAAAGCACACCCAUGGGGCGGUCCGAGCUGUCCCCGCGCCUCAGCCCCGGCGGCCGCUACAGCCGCAGCAGCCGCAGCAGCCUCGACAGCCCCACGUCCAGCAUCCGCAGCGGCGAGAUGGGCUUCAACCAGCCGAUGGUGCUCCAGGCCGAUGGCCUCGGCCCCGUGAUCCACCAGGGCGUCCCGUCGUCGCACUACCAAGCGGCCCACAACACAGGCUAUGCGCCGCAUGUGCAUGCGGGAGGCGUGAGGGCGGCGGCGGGGCAGAGACGGUAUACGGUGAACCCGGGCGGCGACAGGUCGAGCUAUAUUGGGUAUCGGUCGGAUCAGGGGUCCGUGGGCAGUGAUGAUGGGUAUAUCAGUGGCGGGAGGCUGUAUACGAAUGAGGUGAGGAGGAGCUAUGGCGGACGGAGAGAGUCUACUCCUGUGAGGAGGUAUUCAUGA